UAUGUGCGAUCCGUAUCGUCACGUUUUGUAGCGCUUGUUCAUGUGACGUCACGGUUACCUUGGUAACAACGACGUUUACAGAAUACAAGCGGCACUUUCUGCAUGCAAGAAUUAUACUUCACAGAAGAAUAAUAGUCGCUAUACAAGUUGAGAAUUGAGGAAAAAUGGAAUAUCUUGACGUCUCGUCCAUUAACAAUAUGAAGGCGCUGUCUGCCUUGCUUUCCCCUGAACAAGAAGAUGAAAAUGACGAAGACUAUCAAGAUGCACCUCCUUUGGCAAAAAUGGGCCCUGGACAUCUCGGCCCCCCGGCCAAAAAGGAGAAAGAAGAGGUGUCGGCAUAUUUGAAGAAGAACAGCAAAGACGUGUGGAGCGAAGAAGAAGUGGCUGAGGGCCCGCAGUACGAAGAUAUCACUGACCCAAGGCCGCAGCCUCAAUAUGAAAUCAUCCUCAAACAAAAUGUCGGCACAGAGGAUCUUUUUUUGGGCUUGAGCAGAAAGGACCCUUCCUCCAUGUGCUGUGAAGCAAUGUUGGUGAAGAUCAAACUUCCAGACAGCAAAGCGGCCGACGUGAGUCUGGAGGUGAAAGAAAAGUUCCUUGAUAUUCGGACACCAAAAUAUAGACUGGGCCUCCACCUUCCACACCCUGUUCACCAACAGGAGGGCAAGGCUCAGUUUUUUAGUGAACGAGAGGAGCUAGAGGUGACGCUGCUGAUGAAUCGACCACUGGACGCCAUCAACAUGCAGUGAAACUUGACGGCCUGUGAGAUGGCACCUGGACUUGAUCGAAUUCUAUUGAAUAUCUGGCUGACAACUAAUGUAGACAAUGCAUCUAAUACAGUAUAAUGAUCGCUGCAAUAUAAUGCUUUCACUCUUCAAUGUAUAAUACUUGUAUUUUUUGACAAACGUUGUAAUUAAAUAACAAAAGUAAAGUAAA